GCCGCCCCUCCCGCUUCAGUCGGUUGAGGCGAGCGCAGAGUAAAUAGAAGCAGGAGCUCAAAAUGGCGGAGCUGCCGAGUCUUGUCCGUGGCGCGGCGUCGCCCGAGCUGGAGCCGUUUGGCGCUAGGUCGGCCUCGGACGCGAAGGUUUCCCGUGGGUCCCAGCCAGCCGCCAAGAAGAUGAAGGGAGCCGAUGAGAGGAGCCUGAAGGGUACUAAGCGCGUCAAUGGUGAAGGGGGCGGCGGUGGCGGGAGCAGCAAGCAGUCACUGCCACUGCCCGCGGUCGUGCCGAGCUACAGCAACCCCGCGGCGUGGGGCUUCCCCGCGCUCUCCUCUGGCCCCUCCGGGAGCGGGGGGAGCUUCGCUUUCCCUUCUCAACUGCCCCGGAAGCUGCUGUCUCCUGCUGUUUUGCUGCCUUCGUCCGCCUCUCCCUCCUCUUCCUACCAGCCACACCAGCACCGCCACCACCGGCACCGUCUGGCUCUGGCCGGUGAGGCGGGAGGCUGCGGGAGCGGCGGGGCGGCCGGCGCUGGCGGUGGGAGCGCCAAGCCGAAGAGGCCCAAAGAGAAGCGGGAUAAGGAGAAGAGGAAGCACGGCGCCCUGCCCGUGGUCGCGGCGGUGGGAGAUGGCGGCGGGGCGCUGAGCGUGGCAGGCCGGGAGGAGAACGGGGAGGUGAAGCUGCUGUUCCCGAAAGCUCAAAUCAAAGACAAAAUUAAAGAAAGGGAAAAGAAGCAAAAAGAGAAGAAGAAGCACAAAAUAAUGAAUGAAAUCAAGAAAGAAAAUGGAGAGAUCAAAUUAUUGCAGAAAGGUGGGAAGGAGAAACCAAAAACCAAUGCAGAAGAGCUACAGAUUAAAAAAGUUAAGAAGAAAAAGAAAAAGAAACAUAAAGAGAAUGAGAAGAGGAAGCGUCCAAAAAUGUACAGCAAAUCUAUUCAGACCAUCUGCUCAGGAUUGGUUUCUGAUAUUGAGGAUCAGGAAGCCAAAGGCAUCAUAGAUGAUCAUCUUAAGGAUUUCAGUGGGAAAAAUAUGGAUCCCAAGAAGGACUGUGAGUCCAAGAUACCAGAGAACAGUGAGUUUCCAUUUGUCUCGUUAAAGGAGCCACGGGUUCAAAAUAAACUCAAAAGGUUGGACACAUUGGAGUUCAAACAGCUGAUUCAUAUUGAGCACCAGCCUAACGGAGGUGCAUCAGUUAUCCAUGCCUACAGUAAUGAACUCUCCCACUUGUCUCCUGUGGAGAUGGAGAGAUUUGCAGAAGAGUUUGUGGGUCUGGUUUUUAGUGAAAAUGAAAACUGUGCAGCUUACUAUGUAAUGGGUAUUGUUCAUGGGGCAGCUACUUAUUUACCUGACUUUUUAGACUACUUUUCGUUUAAUUUUCCCAAUUCACCAGUGAAAAUGGAGAUUUUGGGAAAGAAAGAUAUAGAGACAACGACUAUGUCAAAUUUUCAUGCUCAGGUAAAAAGAACAUACUCUCAUGGUACGUAUAGAGCUGGCCCAAUGAGACAGAUCAGCCUGGUUGGAGCAGUUGAUGAGGAAGUGGGGGAUUACUUCCCUGAAUUCCUUGAUAUGUUGGAAGAAUCACCUUUCUUAAAAUGUACACUGCCAUGGGGAACACUUUCUAGCUUAAAAUUAGAGAGUCGUAAAGACAGUGAUGAUGGGCCCAUUAUGUGGGUACGUCCAGGAGAGCAGAUGAUCCCUGUGGCUGACAUGCCAAAGUCACCUUUCAAAAGGAAGAGAACUACCAAUGAAAUAAAAAACUUGCAGUACCUACCUCGAACCAGUGAACCCCGUGAAAUGCUAUUUGAAGACCGGACACGAGCCCAUGCAGAUCACAUAGGACAAGGUUUUGAACGACAGACUACAGCUGCUGUGGGAGUGUUGAAGGCUGUGCACUGUGGAGAGUGGUCUGAGCAGCCUCGUAUAACCAAAGAUGUAAUUUGUUUUCAUGCUGAAGACUUCUUGGAGGUAGUUCAGCGAAUGCAAUUAGAUUUGCAUGAGCCUCCGCUUUCACAGUGUGUCCAGUGGGUUGAUGAUGCAAAACUCAAUCAGCUGCGAAGGGAAGGCAUCCGAUACGCCAGAAUUCAGUUAUUCGAUAAUGACAUUUAUUUUAUCCCAAGGAAUGUCGUGCACCAGUUCAAGACAGUUUCAGCUGUGUGCAGUUUGGCUUGGCACAUCCGGCUCAAGCUGUACCAUUCAGAGGAAGAACUCUCUCAAAAUACGAGUGCUGUUGAAGCAGGGACCUCUGCAGACCCCAAGUCUUCGGUUAUUGGACUUCAAACUGACAGCAGAAUUUGUACAAUGAGCAAAAAUACCUCCGAAGACUCCAAAUUCUCAGCUGCUCUCCAGACAAAGUACCUGCAGCAGGAAUUCAUGCCGAUAAAACAUGAACCUAUUGCCUCUCACCGAAUAAAGGAAGAACCCAUGGAUGUCGACCUGCCUGAAAAGACAGUGGCACCCAAUGACGCUGGGGGCCAGACCGUUCAGACUAGGUUGGAUCACAUUGAACUGACGGCAUUUAAGUUGGAAACGGAUUCUAAAUUUGAACCUGGCAGCAAGGACUUACAAGGCAAGUUAUGCUCUGGAGGUCACAUACAUCCAGAUGAUACAAGACAGCAUAGUUCAUCAUAUCCAAAACUGCAUGGACAAAGAGAGGAUGAUUUUUUGUGCUAAAUUUGUAUAUAUGGUUUUAAAUUCCUUUUUAAACUUAAUGAUUCAUAAAUUCUGUGAGGCAAGUUUGUGACUUGCCUUCGCAUCUGUUACAGAAAAUAGUUAUGUAGCUUUGUAACAUUCCUCAGUGCCUGUCCAUAACUGUGAAGUAUCAAAGCACUUAGGGCCAGAUGCACUGUAAACACUGCAGGUUUAACAUACAGAAGUCUUUAAAUAAUUUUGAGUUGUAGGUUUUAGAGUAGAGCUGACAUUUAACAUAUAUAUUUUUUGUAAGAUGAGCCAGAAUUCUUUUUGACAAUUCCAGGCUUUUCCAUAGAGCUUAUUUAUACCAAUUUUUUCAUUUUAAAUGUGUCAGCACUGUAGUGUAAAUAUCUUUUUUAAAGAUCUUUUUAGUGUGAUUUAUACUGAAAUGUGAGCCGCUUAAUAAAGGUUCAUAACAACA